AUGGAGAAGGAAAAUUCCUUAACGGUAAGGAAAAUUUGCGGAAUUAAAGAAGUAUUGCGAAGUAGUAGCAAUGAUGUAAAUUUGGUCGAGAACGGAUCGUCGACGAAUCCAGUAUCAUCCAAAAGUUGGGCAAUUGCUGAUAUACUGGCAGGCAAUGGGGAUAAUGUUGUAGCAAUUUAG